AUGCAUGAUCAGCCGACUUGCGGGGAGAUCACAUCAUUUGUUCAUCGGAAUUCAGAAAAUAACCAGUUGAACUCUGUGAUGGAUCUGAUGCGGCGAUUGCCGCCUCAGAAGAUCGAUCGAACGUUAUUAGACGUGAUCAAUCUGGUUCCCGAUUUGUGUGAGGAUAUUCUCAGUUCAAUCGAUCAACCACUGAAGAUUGCCCGGGAUGCAAAAGCCGGUCGAGACUACUUGCUAUGCGAUUAUAAUCGGGACGGGGAUUCAUAUCGAUCGCCUUGGUCAAACACAUACGAUCCACCUAUCGAGGACGGGGCUAUGCCGAGCGAAAGCCUAAGAAAACGAGAGAUUGAGAUCAACGCUGCGUUUGAUCAGUAUCGUGAAAUGUAUGUUCAUCUUGGUGCUUUUUUGUUGUUCUGA